CGGCACGCAGGUCCCGGGUCUCCUCCCGCGGUGGGCACGGGUAUCGGGAGUCAUGGCGCUGUGCCCGGUGGUCGGGAAGCUGCUGCACAAGCGCGUGGUGCUGGCCAGCGCCUCCCCGCGCCGCCGGGAGAUCCUCAGCAACGCGGGUGUCCGGUUUGAGGUGGUUCCUUCCAGGUUUAAAGAGAAGCUCAAUAAAGCCUCCUUCUCUGCCCCCUAUGCGUAUGCCGUCGAGACCGCCAAGCAGAAGGCUCUGGAUGUGGCCAGCAGGAUGCACCAGAAAGACCUCCGGGCCCCUGAUGUGGUCAUCGGAGCGGACACUAUCGUGACAGUGGGGGGCCUGAUUCUGGAGAAGCCGGUGGACAAGCAGGACGCCUACCGCAUGCUUUCCAGCUUGAGUGGGAAAGAGCACAGCGUGUUCACGGGCGUGGCCAUCGUCCACUGCUACAGCAGAGACGGUCAGCUGGACACCGACAUCUCGGAAUUCUACGAGGAAACGAAGGUGAAGUUUUCGGAGCUGUCGGAGGAGCUCCUGUGGGAAUACAUACACAGCGGGGAGCCCAUGGACAAGGCCGGCGGCUACGGCAUCCAGGCCCUGGGUGGCAUGCUGGUGGAGUACAUCCACGGGGACUUCCUGAACGUCGUGGGCUUCCCUCUGAACCACUUCUGCAAGAAGCUGGCCGAGCUGUACUACCCGCCCAAACCUGAGGACGUGCAGCGGGUCAAACACGACUCCAUCCCCACCGUUGACACCUUUGAAAACCCCAGCGACGUGGAAGGUGGUGGCUCAGAGCCCGCUCAGAGGAACCCGGGCAGCGGCGAGGGGGAGGGCUGGGGCCCAUGUGCUCCAGGAGCCGGCGGCAGCCUGGUGGAGGCAGAAGGGGACCCACGGGCUCGGGGCACAAAGGAGGCAGCGAAGUGUAACAGGACGGCGGAGACCCUGCCCCCAUUCCCAGCGGAUCUGCUAGAACUGAUAGAAGGCUUCAAAGCAUCAAAGGCCCUGUUCACCGCGUGCAAGCUGAAGGUGUUUGAUUUACUGAGAGAUGUAGCACCCCAGAAGGCCGUGGAUAUUGCCGGCAACGUGGAUGCCUCCUUGUAUAAAACUGAACGGUUGCUGGACUUUUGCACGGCCGUGGGGAUACUGGAGAAGACAGAGCAAGGUUACAGUAACACAGAGUUAGCGAAUCUGUACCUGGUGUCGGACAGCGAAGACUCUCUCCACAGCUUCAUUAUGCGCAACAAUGAUCACACCUGGAAUCUCUUUACACACCUGGAGUUUGCCAUCCAAGAGGGAACAAGCCAACCCCGCCGGGCUCUUGGGAAGGAGGCAGAAGAUUUGUUCCAGGACUCCCACCCCCAGAGCAAGGAGACGCAGCUCCAGUUCAUGCGGGCUAUGCAUGGCCUCACCAGGCUGACCGCGCACCAGGUGGCCACGGCUUUCAACUUGUCCUGGUUCACCUCUGCCUGCGACCUGGGAGGCUGCACAGGUGCCCUGGCCUGCAAGCUCGCCCAGGAGUACCCGCAUCUGCAGGUGACCGUGCUCGAUCUCCCAAAUGUCAUGGAGCACGCCUCCUGUUUCCAGCCCCAUGGACCAGAGGCUGCGCAAAUCAGCUUCGUGUCAGGUGACUUCUUCCGAGACAGCCUCCCCAGAGCCGACCUGUACAUUCUGUCCAGGAUCCUCCACGACUUGCCGGACGACAGAGUCCACGACUUACUGAGCAGGGUCUCGGGGAGCAGCAAACCAGGAGGCAGCCUGCUGCUGGUGGAGGCCGUGCUGGACGACGAGCAAGCAGCCAGGGUCAGCCUGAUGCAGUCGCUGAACACACUGGUGCAGACGCAGGGUAGGCAGAGGAGCCGCGGCGAGUACAGACGCCUGCUGCAGCAGCAUGGCUUCUGCGACGUGCAGGUGGCACGCGUGGGGGACACCCUGGACGUGUUCUUGGGCACCAGAGCUGCCCCAUGAGGCCCCGGCCUCUGCUUAUCUAGAAGGAGGAUGGAGGCGCACCUGUCCUCAAAUGCUGAUCUUUAGAUUAAACGUUUACGUGAGAGUCACA